AUGGAAAUACUGGCGAUGUGCGUCACUAUGGCGACAACGAUGGGUCUCAAUAAGCCCGGUGCUGCUCGUUCUCGACGAACCAGCAAUGGUGACAAGCGCAUCUGCCAUAGAAUUUGGCUCACGCUCUUCUGUUAUGAGAAUCUGUUCUCCUUUGAACUCGGUCGGGCGAGUUGCAUUAUCGAUGAACAUUGCUAUUUUCCACAAUGGGAGGAUGUGGGCUUGGGGGAAUCUACAGAUAGCCGCCUUGUCGAAAUGAUUGGUAAGGACCGUUACGAGGAGCAGAUUGGUAAGGACCGUGUCGAGGAAGCAAUUUCUGAGAAGGUCAAGGUGACGAACGAGACCUGUCGUGAUGUCCUCCAAUGGGCUGGCAGCUUGCCACCGGAUAUGAGACCUGAUUCAGACUUGAUUUCUUUUUACAUUAACCACUAUUUAGCCCCAUUUGCCUAUACAUUCACAAAACCAGGCGAUGAGGGUUCGAAAAUUGUACAAAGCUAG